GGAUUUUUAAAAAAAUAUAUUUUAUCAUCACUCCGGCAGUUUUUCUUUUUUUAUUUCCCAGUCUUCAGUUGAUUUUUUCCUCUUUGUUGUUUCUCUUUUUGUUGUUUUUCUUCAUUGUUCGCCAGGAGCGCCACCAUCCUGUUCUGCCGGACAUGAGAGCUUCUUGCAGCGGAAUGAUUCACUUAUCCAACCCGCAUAUCUGAAGGUUGUUGGAAGAUAAAAAAAUAUUUUUUUUUUUCUACAUUUUCCCGCAGGACAGCUAAUCUGCAGAGCUUUGGGAUUUUUUUUUCCUCCUCUCCGUUUCUGAGACCAUCUUUCCUUCGCUGCGCAGCAUCUCUCUGUAGCGCAGAGAAAACGCGCAGCUCAACCUGCUCCCGUCCGUAAGAAAAAAGGCGUAUUUCCCCAUUCUUAAAGCGCUCUCGCUUUCACUCAGGGCUCAUCCGCACGGCUGCGCUGCGUAAAGAAAAGGAAAAAAAAAAAAAAAAACACGGGGAUUUAAGCGCAGACGCAGCUUAAGCAUCCAAGAGCGAUCUCGAAAAUGAUGGCCGGCGGAGCUGUACAGCAAAACGGCAUUUUCACAAAUCCUCACCAUCACAAUCAGCAACCGCACAUGGAGUCCGACCCACCGGAUUCGCGUAAAAGACCACUGGAGACCCCGACGGAGGCCAGCAGCACCAAGCGCACAAACACGGGAGUGGCCUUCCUGCAGCCCAUAUUUGAAACUGAAGGCAUUGUAUACCCUGAACAAGAAACUGAGACUCAUGAGGAAGGCGAGUACUUCCUGAAGGUUUUGAUUCCCAGCUAUGCUGCUGGUUCCAUCAUCGGGAAGGGAGGCCAGACCAUCGUUCAGCUGCAGAAAGAGACUGGAGCCACCAUCAAACUGUCAAAAUCCAAAGACUUCUACCCUGGCACGACAGAGCGGGUGUGUCUGAUUCAGGGGACGGUGGAGGCCCUGAACGGUGUGCAUGACUUUAUCGCUGAGAAGGUGAGGGAGAUGCCUCAGAGCACCCAGAAGACAGAACCAGUCAGCAUCCUGCAGCCUCAGACCACCGUCAACCCGGACCGCGUCAAACAGGCGAAGCUGAUUGUCCCCAACAGUACAGCUGGGCUUAUCAUUGGUAAAGGCGGCGCUACAGUCAAGGCAGUAAUGGAGCAGUCUGGAGCAUGGGUCCAACUAUCCCAGAAACCUGAGGGGAUCAACCUGCAGGAGCGUGUGGUCACCAUCAGUGGCGAGCCCGAGCAAAACCGUAAAGCUGUGGAGAUCAUCAUCCAGAAGAUUCAGGAAGAUCCACAGAGCUCCUCCUGCCUGAACAUCUCCUACUCAAACAUCACAGGGCCAGUGGCCAACUCUAAUCCCACUGGCUCUCCAUACGCCAACUCCACCGAGGUAAUGCCAGCAGCAGCGGCCGCUGCAGCAGCUACAGCCUCCUCUCUGCUUGGCCAGGCAGGCUUGGCAGGAGUUGGCGCCUUCCCAACCACCAUGUCCAGCUUCUCAGGCAACGACUUGCUCGCCAUCACCUCCGCUCUCAACACCUUGGCCAGUUACGGUUACAACACCAACUCUCUUGGCCUGGGGCUGAAUCCCGCGGCCGCUUCAGGGGUUUUAGCUGCUGUAGCAGCUAAUGCCAACCCGGCAGCAGCUGCUGCAGCCAAUUUGUUAGCAUCAUAUGCUAGCGAUGCAUCUACCAGUGCAGCUCAUCCCGCCGCAAGUCUUGGAGGCCUCUCUCUGGGAUCAUUGGCUGCUGCUACGGGAGCCACUAAUGGUUACUUGAGUGCAGCAUCCCCACUUAUGGCGUCGUCUCUUCUGGCGACGGAGAAGAUGGCAGAAGGAGCAAAGGAAGUGGUUGAGAUUGCCGUCCCAGAAAACCUUGUUGGAGCCAUCUUGGGGAAAGGAGGGAAGACACUAGUGGAGUACCAGGAGCUGACCGGAGCCAGGAUCCAGAUCUCCAAGAAAGGCGAGUUCAUCCCAGGAACCCGGAACAGGAAGGUGACCAUCACGGGAUCCCAGGCUGCCACACAGGCUGCACAGUACCUGAUCAGCCAGCGAAUCACCUACGAGCAGGGGGUACGCGCCACCAACCCACAGAAGGUGGGCUAAACCUGACAGCCGAUGAGAAAUGAGGAGGAAAAGAGGAAAAAAAGGAAUGGGGGCUUGGGGGAGGAGAGUAAAAAAAAAGUGAAAGGGAGAAUGGAAAAAGGAGAGGAGAGAACGAAUAUUGGAAGGAAUCGUUUGCGCCGUUUUCUUCUGCGUGUUUUCAGUAUUCUAUAUUAAAAAAAAAAAGUUUUUUGACUCAAAGCAAAAAUGUGCUGAGAAGACGAGGAGGGAGGAGAGCGAGUUCUUACGCUGAAAAACCAAGAAAAAAAUUUGUAAAAUGUAAAUAAGGUUUUAUUACUUAACGUCUUGACCUUUUGGGAAUUUUUAUUGUUUUGUUUUAUUGUUUUGUUUUGUUCAGUAAAUUAAGCUGUCUGUUUGUGUAUUGUGUGGACAGAGCUGAAUGCCAUUUAGACAGGCAGACUGCCUGAGAGGCUACAGAGUGCGGGGAGGGAGAGAGAUUCAGGUAUGGUGAGGUGGAGGGUUGGUGUUUACAGGGUACAACCCUCCUGAAUCCCACCGGGAUCCAAACCUUACCUAUCCCUUUCCCUCCAGCCCACAAACUGUACCCUCAAACAGGUUUUUCGUUUUUGUUGGAGGAAAUUUGCCCCCCGUCCAGCAGAACCCCACCCCCCACCCCCCUUGCUUCACCCUUCCCCUUUUUAACAGUUUGAAAAAGAACAAGAUUGCAAACUUUAGCCAAGUGUGUAAGGAAAGAAAUGUCCUCGCAUCCGCCCACCUAACUCUGCAUAUAUCUUCGCCUCCCUCAUUGGGACAACGGCGAAGGAAAAAGAGGGUGAGGGCACUUCUUUAUUUCACAUGCACCCUACAACCUGCAGGUGUGUAAAGGCACACACCUUCCUCCAAAUGUGGCGCUAGUGUUUCAGCACAUCCUGCUGACAAGAUGUAGUGCGACGCCUUAACCUGCCAACUCCGGCAAACACACAGGCUCGUCAGCAUCUCUAUAGUCUCCUAUAGUAAUAAUACUAACGAUUAUAUUGUCUUAUUACGACAGGAAUUAUCACUAUUGUCGCUAUUUAUUAAUAAUAUCGCCCGGAUAGAGCGCAGUCUUCUUUUUUAAUCUGUGAAUUCAGGUUGACAUGAAUGUAAAUGAGACUAUUGUUUUGGUUUAAAUCUUUUGUUUUCAUGUAAGUGGACUGAAGAGGAAUAGUAAUGUCAAAUAGUGUAAUAUAUGUCUUAUUUAUGUCUAGUAAGGGAGCAGCCCCUGGCAGUAAGAUCCUUAGAGCGAUAUAUCCAGUCAAAGAGCAGAACAGGGAAUGCACACACUUACCAACACAUGCACACACGCAUGCACACGCUGAAAGGAAACAAUACAAUGCCGUAUUUGGUGCUACAAAAGGGAAUUCAUCAUAUCUUUGGAGCCAGUAAGAUUUCUAGUUUAGCAGGAACCACUCCCACCACAGACUGCAGUGCAGCUAUAGUAACCCUAAAUACCUGUUUAUCCUGCUCAGCUACUCCUUCUCAUGCUGCGAAAUAUCACUGCUGUAUGUAGCUGUAGUGAAAUGUUGCAGGCUACCCUCAGUGCAAAACUGCAACUAAAAACGAAUGAAGAUGAGCCGUUGAUUUUAGACUCAGUCUCGGUUGAACUGCUGCUUUUCAGCCUGUGGUCUUCCAACCCCCCUUAGUUUAACCUCCAAACCACAGACUAGAUCAAGAUAGAGCACUUAAGAUUAACAGCAUACUACUGAGAAAACACAACCGUUGAGUAGAAAACGAAAAACACUGAAAUGUUACGAGGGAGCGUCAUUUGUCUGGGGUACACUGCUAAAUCUGCCAGCCUUGCGUGCAGAUUUGCUCUUCAAAGGCAGCAUGCAUAUCAGUGAAAGAGAUGAAUAACCCCACCGAUACUCGCCCUUAUCAAGGAACCGUCCAACUGCCACAAGGUAAAGAGCAGAUUCGAAAUUUUCAACACACAUCCAGGGAGCAGAGCUCCUUAUCGUUUACUGCCCAAUGUAGACCCACAAGGCUGCUGAAGAUGCUGUUGUUUUAUUGUGUUGAAUAUAUUUUGUUUGUGUUGUUUUUUUUUUUUUUUUACAAUCGGAGUACACUGAAUUUUUUUUUGUCUUAAUGCACUGUGAAGCUAGAGAGCAGUUUCCCCGACCUACGAGGUCAGGGAUGUGUGCUGCAGAUGGCAUCAUGACUGGCAGGGAAAAAAACAAACAAAAAUCCACAUAUAUCAAAUAUAUGUAGAAUGCAUAUGAAGAACUUGAUGACAAAGCAUGUCGUAUCUGAAUUCUGAAGGCGUAGGAAGAGACUAGGUCGAUGAAGAAGAUCAAUCAGUUGAGGUUUAGGUCAGCUCCUUUCUCCUUGAGAUCAGAGGGCAGGGUGUUGGGGAAGAGUUGGGUUUCCAGCAGCAGGUUAAGAAGACUGGAUCAAAUUUAAUUUUUUUUUAAAUGCAGCUCAGUGUUAUACAUCCAAUAGGCUAAUCCCUGGAAGAAUAAAAGGUCUGAACAAGAGUUCAGACAGAAUGUAAAAUGCUAAUACUGAGGAGGGGGGUGUUUGAUUUUUCUUUUACCCAAACAACGAGGUCAGGGAAAUUAAACUUCAUUUUUUUAGAUAAAAAAAAAAAAGAAAAGCAACAAUUGGAUCCCGAAUCAGACAUAUUGCUAUCGAAGGUCAUUCUCUGUUGGAGCGCCAGUGAGGGUUUAAUCUCCACAACUUGGUAAGGAGGCUUCUUUACUCCCAUCUAACACCAUCCACUCUCCUCACCCCUCCCACUCGUCCUCAGUUUUCCAGUGCACUCCCAUUCUUACACCCCCUUCUCCUCCUAACACAUCGCUCCAUGGGUGACUAUGUCUGGUGUUUUCGAUCGAUGCAUGUCUGCUGCUUGCCCCAGCAAAUGCCUCAGAUUGAGUCUGUCCUCCUGUGGGCUGCAGAGGACCACCUCUAAGGAGGAAGUGAGAGCUGGCAGGACGCAGUGCAAGAAAACUGUCCACUUUAAAUCAACGCAUUUUUCUUUGUGACUCUCAAGACAAGUAUUGUUAAGUUGGAUUCCCAUAUUGCUAAAACACAUAUCAAGAGGUAGUAUUUGAAGUUUGUCAGGGGUUUGACUGGAUUUUGAUGGUAAAUAGUAUUGUAAAAAAGCGCGUAGGUGGAAUGUGCGCUCCCAUUCUACAUCGAACAUAUACUGUGCUUCAUUUGUCAAGCUAAGAUAGCUUGUGGAACUUGUUUAUUCCGCCGUAGAAUCAAGUCACUUUAAGGCAUAUUUCUAAUUUUUAAAAGUCCAAGGCAGAUAAAUAAAAAAAAAAACAUCUGUAAAACUUAAAGGUGAAAUAUGCAGAAAGCAUGCAUGCAGCACGGUAUAGUAUUGUUCAAGAAGGGAAGUGCUUUAACAGUAUAUAGACCUAAGAAGGCAUUGAUUAAUGUGAGAAGGAGUUAUAUUUCAUAUCAUUGAUCAAACUUUAAAAUAUUCUUUUAGCUAUCUCAACAUUAGGAGACUAAAAUGAAAAUGUGACAAGUACUGGAAGCAAUACUCGUUUCGGCAUAUCGUGUUGUCCCGUCCUCUGUCUGCCGUGUAGGAGCUUUUAGGUUUAGAUGUUGGAUAGGUUUACUGAUGUACAUCUCUUUUUUUUUUUAUUCGUGGAAAUGCUGCUAUUUAAUAAUAACUGAUGUACUAAGACGACAAGUUUAAAACAUAUCGGAACCUGUCCUUUAGCUGGAGCAGCUAGUUUUAGGGGGCAGUGUUAAAUACCGCUCUGGUAGAUGCUGACAAUAAGUUAAUUUUGUGCCAAAAUAUGUCUUGAAGGAGCUAAAACUCUUAACAUGUUAAGUCAAAACACUCAUUAGCUAAGAAGAGACCUCCUUUUAUAUUAAGAAAAUGUGAAAAGUGCCAAAUGAACCAUAUUUAUAGUAAGGGUGAGGUUCCCGUAGACGUUUUUAAGAAAUAGACGUAAAGACGAAGCACCUCAAUAUAUCUUUGCGUUAAAGUCCUAUUUUGUCCUUCCUGCUCAAGAAGGGGCCGCCAUGUCAGUGUUAGCCGAUCCUCUGGGAAAUGCACUCCCAGAAUGCAACAGCACUACAACUCUGGGGCUCGACUGAUCAAUAUAGCGAUAGGUUAGCAUCAUCAUGCUAAAGAAAAAUGUGACUAAGAUAGCAUUCUUAAAUACAACCUUUUAUAGUUACAUCAAAAAAUAAAAUGUAUUUUGUGGAAAUAGAUGUUAUCUUUUUUGCACGUCUAUAUUGCAUGAUAUCAAAGUGAAGCGUGAACAAAAAAAAGGUAAAAAAAAAUCUAACAAAAACAAAUUAAUAAAAAAAUAGGCAGUGUGUGUUGUUGAUUUUCUGAAACAAAUCUCUGCAUGUCGAUAAGGGUAGAGCAUUUUGAUAUUGUUUCACAUGCGUUCAAACUGUUGUUAUUCCAUGCAGUUGCGUUAAACCUGCCAAAUGUCUGUGCUACAGGUUUGAUUUUGUCGUUACAAAAGAAAAGCCUUUUUUUUUUUUUGUUUAAAUUGACUAAACCUUUGCAGGAGGGAUAUGAACAAAGCUCUUAAACUAUUUUUUUUUCGUUUGCGAGCUCGGAAUAAAACAUUUUUUAAGUGCACAUAAACAAAUCUAUAUAUUUCUUAGGAUUUAGUGUAAAAUCUAGACGGAGAUUGUUCACGAAUGUUCUCUUCAUUUCAUUAACUUCACUUUCUUUGACAACUCGUGCUGCAGGAGCUUUUCAUGUUUUUCUCUGUGGGUUUUUUUAUUCUAACAUUACUAACCUGUAGAUGCACUCUGUCGUGUGUUUUUUUAUACCCCCUCGCUUGAUCUCUGGCUUGUCUUGGCAUUGAUGCAUUUGGUUGAUCUGGAGCAUCUGAACCAACCAGUUAAACCAGUUCAGAAAUAAUCCAGGUACGCCGAGGUAGAAGGAGAUAAAAACCUCCUUUUUGCCACCUGUUUAGGUCUUCCUCUGGUGAAGAACUCAGGAGGGUUUGUGUUUUUACUUGGGAUGCACUGAUCCGGUCAACGGAUCCUAAUGAUUUUCAUAUGAUCCCCCUUUCAAAGGUUAUGGCAGAGAUGAUUUAGGUUUGAUUGGAUGCCA